AUGUCGUCUCAACCAGGAAGAGAUAAAGUGUUGCCAACUACCACUCGCACUUCAGUGAGUGAAAAUAUCAAGAAAGUGGCCAUCACCAUGAGGGGAGCCCAGGCCCAACUGAUUGAGCUAGAUCAGAAUCGGCCUUUAGCAGCCAUUAUACAAGAUAUAGCGAACGGGUGGAAUUUAGGUGACCCUGAAACAUAUUCUUUACAAUUUAGUGAAACAAACGGACAAAAAUAUAUCACAGAGAGAAAUCGUGGUGAAAUAGGAAAUGGAAAUGUUUUAAAAUUAACAGAAUCACCAGCAAAAAAUGCUCAGAAUUUAUAUAACCAAUGUAAAUUGAAUUCUGGUCCAGAAGAAAGAAUAAAAGGUUUACAAGAAUUAUCAAAGUUAUCAUCAGACAGUACCUUUGCUACAGAGUUUAUUAAUAUUAAAGGAUUAGAUCUCUUAAUAGAUAUCGUUAAUUCUGGUGUCUAUAAAGGAGAACCGUUAGCGUUUACCUUAAAAUCUUUUGUUGCGUUGAUGGAAAACAAUAUAUCUUGGGACGUUUUACAACCUGAAUUUAUUAAAAGGGUAGCUGAAUGUGUAAAUUGUAGCAACCAAUCACAAGAUAGUAACUGUUUACAGGCAGCAUUAGAAAUUCUAGAAUUAGUAGUCAUGAAUAGUACUGAUAAACUGUCUGUAGUAGAACAGGUGGUUACCCCUAGUAACGUUAUUCCUUAUUUAGAAAAAUAUGAUUUAGAUGUACGUAAAAACGCUAUCGCUCUGAUAAAUGCUUUGUUUACAAAAGCUGAUCCAGAGAAGAAAAAAAAAAUAGCUGAAAGUUUACAGACACGAAGUAUGAGAAACAUUAUAAUUACACAUGUUAUUAGAAGUGUUGGAAGUCAGAUGGGACAGGAAAUGGCUCACCAGUUAUACGUUUUACAGACUUUAUUGCUCAACUUACACGAAGAAAAGAUGAAUACUCCUGUUGAUUCUCAUGAUCAGGUAACUAGGCAACAUAUAGAAGAAUUAAGAAGAAUAGCGUUCGAUGUUGACGGAGAUCCGAAUAUUAAUACAGUUCGUAAAUCACAAUCUCCUGCUCAAGAUUAUAAAAAACUGGGUUUCGUGAAUGUAUCACAUCCAGCGAAGGAUUUCACCACCACGCCACCUGGAUUACUUACAUUACAUAAUAUGUUAUAUUUCGCUCGAACACAUGGUGAAAAUUAUGUUAAGGUUGUAUUAGAGAAUUCCAGUCGAGCUGAUGAACAUGAUUGUCCGUUUGUCAAGGCUUCCAUUGCUUUAACCAAAAAAAUAUGUGACAUUUUCCAUAUUGGAGAACCUCCAAUGGAAGAAGGUAGUACGUUCUAUCCUAUGUUUUUCCACCAUGAUAAACCACUAGAAGAAUUUUUCUCCGUGUGUAUACAACUAUUGAACAAAACAUGGAAAGAAAUGAGAGCUACAUCAAAAGAUUUUGAAAAAGUAUUAGGGGUAGUUAAAGAACAAAUCAUCCGAUCACUGGACAUUCAUCCUGCAACAUUCGAUGCCUUCCGAAACCGUCUACAUCAACUUAAUUACAAUGAAAUUAAAAAACUCUGGGAUCAUGACCGACAAAUUAAAGAAGAAUUUUCAUCUCAGGCUAAACCUAUCAUUGAGCUACGUGAUAAAGUUACUCCAGAAAUUAUAGAAUUAAUUCAACAACAAAGAUUACAGAUUUUAGAAAAAGGCAGUCGAUUCAAUAAAUAUAAUAAUCGUGGUCGAAUGAAAGAUAAAUACUGGUAUUGGAAACUAGCUCCUAAUCAUAAAACAUUCCAUUAUGGUGACUGUACAGAGACUGAUACACCUGUUCUAGAACAACUACACAAUAAAUUGCCUAUAGUUGAUAUUAGAAGUUUACAGACUGGAAAAGAUUGUCCAUGGGCUCAAAAAUCAAAACGAGGGGGUAAUAACAGUGCAAAUUGUGCCUUUAGUAUCGUACCCGACACUGCCGACAGUUUUAAUUUCGUAGCCACUUCAGAAACAGAGUUUGAUUAUUGGACAGAUGGUAUAAAUGUUUUACUAGGAACUAAGAUGGUGAGCAGUCAGAUGAAACAAGAUUUAGAAACUUUAUUGAGUAUGGAGAUAAAACUACGUCUGCUCGACACAGAGGGAGUGACCAUCCCCUCCCAGCCUCCCCCGAUACCCAAAGACCCCCAAAACUAUGAUUUCAACUAUAGUUUAUAA